UACAACUACUAGUACUGUGUUUUGUCAUCAUUUCUGGCACAAAAUAAGCGUUUUCGCUGUUUUUUUCUGUCAGAAUCUGUGACUGAAAGGCGCAUGAACACAAUGUUGGUGAAUUUUGGUGAAGUUUUGGCGGUAUUUUCCCUGUUUUUGGCGUUUUGUACGGCGAAGAGAGACCCGGAGUUGUACUGUGGAGCUUGCCAUGUACUGCUAGACGAGAUCGAAUACGAGAUCAAACAGGUCGACCCCAGAAAAACUGUCCAAGUCGGGAGCUUCAGGGUGGAUCCGCAGGGGAACCAGAAAACAUGGGAGGUCCCAUUGGCCCGAUCUGAGGUGUUCCUUACUGAGGUUGUGGAGUCGAUCUGUGAGCACAUGAACCAGUAUGCACAGAGCACCAACCCACAGACGCAGAAGAAGACCUACGUCAGGACCAGCUCCAGAAAAGGAGAGACCCUCACCCUCUCCAACAUCUCCAUGAACCAGGAAAUCAGCAAGGCACUUAGGUUUGCUUGUGAGUCCAUCAUCGAAGACUAUGAGGACGACAUAAUUAAGCUGUUCUCCAAAGAAGGACCAAAGUUACAUGAGCUGCAGAACAAAUUUUGCAUGGAUACAACAGAGCUUUGCUCAGAUCCGGUAUCAGAGAAACAAGUCACAAAACCAGCGGCAGAAACAGCAGAAGCGGAGACAACAGAAGCAGAGACAACCGAAUCUGAGGGUGCUGAACCAGAAACAAAAGAAUCAGAUCUAGAGGGAACCCAACCAGAGGCAACAGAGAUACACGAGGAUUUGUGACCAGGUCUUCUUGUACAAUAACACGUCGAAAAUCAUUCCAGUUCAAAGUUGUCAUGUAUUGAAUCCAAAUGUCCUUUGUAUCUAUUAAGUCUUUUA